AUGACAAGAGGCUUCCCUUCACUGCUCUGGCAAUUGCCUUUGCUGUUAUCAACCUGUUCUUCUUUGCAGGCAUUUUAUAUACCAGGCUGGUCGAUCAAAAGCUAUAAAGAUAGUGAAUCAAUCCCUCUUCUUGUCAACAAAGUAUACUCAGACAACACACAGUUACAAUACGCCUAUUAUUCCCUUCCGUUCGUCUGUCCACCUUCUGGUAAAAACCAUGCCGGAAUAUCUCUUCUCUCUGGCCAGUCAAUACCCCUCAACCUGGGUGAAGUCUUGCGUGGCGAUCGAAUCCAACAAUCUGACGUUGAACUCAUCGCAAGAAGCGAUAACGAAUGUAGUUUCCUUUGCAACCGUACAAUUUCCAGAACAGAUCUAAAAUAUGCUCGGAAACUUGUUAAAGAGGGAUAUGUGGCUGAGUGGAUAGUUGACAACCUUCCGGGAGCAACAAGUUUUGUAACCACCGACAAAAGCCGGAAAUAUUAUGCACCAGGUUUCAAGCUAGGCUAUACAGAUUUGGAUCCUACAUCCGGAGAGAUGAAAUAUUUCUUGAAUAAUCAUUUGACUAUCGUUAUUAGAUACAGGAAAAACCCUGGCAAAGAUGCAGCCUCACAUGGGAAUUUAAUCGUGGGAUUUGAAGUCUAUACUAAAAGCGUAACGAGUGAGAAUCGGCGGGAAGAUGGAUGCCCAGCAAAUCUAGCAGAUCCAAGCUCUACGUUUGAGCUUGAAAUCGCACCAAAUAAAUCUAAUAUUAUAUCACAGAAUCCAAAAUCUUCAUAUAACCCACCCGAAAACACAAAUGAUAUCGAUGAUGGUGGCACACUCACUAUACCUUACACAUAUUCGGUGUACUGGCUCGAGGAUGAAAAUAUCAAAUGGUCGCAUCGCUGGGAUCUAUAUUUUGUGAACCAGGAAGCAGGGGGGAGGGUUCACUGGCUAGCCAUAAUAAACAGCUUGAUUAUUUCGGGAAUUUUGAGUUCUAUCGUUGCUAUGACGCUAGCAAAAGCCAUCAGAGCGGAUAUCAAGAUGUUCAGAGAAGUUUCGUCAAAAGAUGUUGAGAUAAGGUCCAAGCCACGAAGUAAAAAUGAUGCAAAAGCAUGGAACCAUGAAAAGAGUAAUCUUCUUGAGCCAAUUGGUGAUGAGGGCAACGAUGCAGAUGUUUCAUCUGAUGAAGAAUUUCUAGAUGAUCAAUCUGGAUGGAAAUUGCUCGCUGGUGAUAUAUUUCGCCCGCCUUUAUAUGGUACACUUCUCGCACCUCUUGUUGGCUCUGGAAUGCAACUUGUAUUUAUGGCUGUCGGACUUCUGUUCCUCAGUAGCCUAGGUAUUCUGAAUCCGUCCUUCCGUGGUGGCUUUAUUUCGGCAGGGGUCGGUCUUUUCAUCUUCGCCGGUAUCUUCUCUGGUUACUUUUCGAGCCGUGUUUAUAAAUCUUGUGGUGGAUCUCACUGGCGCAAGAACACACUUUUAACCGCUUUACUCUUUCCAGGUCUUCUAUUCACUCUCGUAUUUAUACUCAAUCUCUUCGUUUGGGCACAGGCUUCCUCGACUGCGCUACCGUUCGGAACACUCAUAUCAAUCAUUCUACUCUGGCUCUGUGUGCAAGUACCGCUAGUCUACGUCGGUUCCUGGUGGGGUUACGAACGCGCUAGUGCCUGGGAACAUCCGACUAAGUGUAGCUCCAUCGCUCGUUCCAUUCCGGCCCAGCCAUGGUACCUGAGAAACCCACAAGCUACUUUGAUAAGUGGCGUUAUUCCAUUUGGUAUCAUAUUCAUCGAACUCUUAUUUGUUUUUCAAUCAGUAUGGCAGGAUAAAUCUGGCUACUACUAUAUCUUCGGGUUUUUGUCGAUGAUGAGCUUCAUCUUGAUUGUUACGGUUGCAGAGGUGACUGUUGUCAGUAUCUACUUUCGGCUUUGCUGGGAGGAUUACAACUGGUGGUGGAACUCUUUCGCAGUAGGUAGCAGCAGCAGUAUUUGGGUCUUUGCCUACAGCAUCUGGUACUAUUAUAAUAAAUUACAUAUUGAGGGUCUCGUUAGCGGUAUAUUGUUUUUUAGUUACAUGUCUAUUGCAUGCGCAGUCUACGGGUUACUCUGUGGGACAAUAGGGUUUCUGACUGCGUACGCCUUUGUGCGACGUCUAUACGGGUAA